GCCCACAUCAUUACAUCGUACCGUUGAUUUAGUUUAUUAUUUUGUUUGAAAAAGUUACCAAGAUGUCAAACGAAACUUCCACCUCACCUUGGUGGCCACUUCUCAUUCGUCUAUAAAAUUGACGACCCUACAUUCACGGAGCCACUCAUCAUCACAACUUAAAACUUAGCAAGUUCUGAUUUUCCUUCACACCCAAUCAAAGUCAUCACAGAUUCUUUCCCAGAUCAUUCUUUGAUUCUCCGUUCUGAAAAAAGAAAACCCUACCAUCCAUUUCUCUAUAUAAACCCACCCUCGCUCUUCUCCCUUUCUUCACCGCACCCAAAAACCAAAACCUAAAACCUCUUCACAAGUUACCCUUCUGUGUUUCUCAUAGACAUUCACUCAAUGGCUCCAAGUUUGACUAAAGCUGGCACCGGCGACACUAACCUCGCCGACGGCUCUAAGUCUUCGUCAUGUCCUUUCACGCUCGAGAAGUCCAACUUCAAGGCAAACGGCCAUGUCAUUCUCUCCGACGUGCCGGAAAACAUAACAUUCAUCCCAUCACCCUACAGCACCGCCGGCUGCUUCGUGGGCUUUGAUGUUGCCGAGCCCAGCAGCCGCCACGUGGUCCCCGUCGGCCAACUGAAGGACAUCCGCUUCAUGAGCAUCUUCCGGUUCAAAGUCUGGUGGACUACCCACUGGGUCGGAUCCAACGGCCGGGACCUCGAGAACGAGACCCAGAUCGUCAUCCUCGAAAGCUCUGACGCCGGUAGGCCCUACGUCGUCGUUCUCCCCCUUCUAGAAGGCUCCUUCCGCGCCUGCAUCGAGCCCGGCAGCGCCGACUUUCUCGACAUCUGCGUCGAGAGUGGGUCCACCCGAGAAGUCUCCAAGGCCUUCCAGAGCGUGCUCUAUUUGCACGCCGGUGAUGAUCCGUUUGCCCUAGUCAAAGAGGCUGUCAAAAUCGCGAGGGAUCAUUUGGGAACUUUCCAACUUUUGGAGGAUAAGACGCCACCUGGGAUCGUCGACAAGUUCGGUUGGUGCACGUGGGACGCAUUCUAUCUUACUGUGCACCCUCACGGCGUCAUAGACGGCGUGAGGAAGCUGGUGGAAGGUGGGUGUCCACCCGGCCUCGUGUUACUCGACGAUGGGUGGCAGUCCAUUGGUCACGAUUCUGAUCCCAUCACCAAAGAAGGCAUGAACCAAGCGGUGGCCGGCGAGCAAAUGCCGUGCAGGCUCCUGAAGUUUGAAGAAAAUUACAAGUUCAGGGACUACGUGAGUCCCAAUGGUGGUGCCUCUGGUAAAGGCAUGGGUGCCUUUAUCAAGGAUCUCAAGGAGGAGUUCAAGAGCGUUGAUUACGUGUACGUGUGGCAUGCGCUGUGUGGGUACUGGGGCGGGGUGAGGCCCAAUGUGCCCGGAAUGCCCGAUGCUGUGGUGGUGGAGCCCACAUUGUCUCCGGGCCUACAGAAGACAAUGGAAGAUCUGGCAGUGGAUAAGAUCGUGGCCACUGGUGUGGGGCUGGUCCCACCCGAGGUCGUUGAUCAGAUGUACGAAGGGCUCCACUCGCACUUGAAGUCCGUUGGGAUCGACGGCGUCAAGGUGGACGUAAUCCACUUGCUGGAAAUGCUUUGUGAGAAUUAUGGCGGGAGGGUGAAGCUGGCGAAGGCAUAUUUCGAUGCUCUUACAUCUUCAGUGAGGAAGCACUUCAAUGGCAACGGUGUCAUUGCCAGCAUGGAGCACUGCAACGACUUCAUGUUCCUUGGAACCGAAGCCAUCACCCUUGGCCGUGUUGGUGAUGAUUUCUGGUGCACCGAUCCAUCUGGUGACCCCAACGGUACGUUUUGGCUGCAAGGGUGUCACAUGGUGCACUGUGCUUACAACAGCUUGUGGAUGGGCAAUUUUAUACACCCGGAUUGGGAUAUGUUCCAAUCGACCCACCCCUGUGCUGCCUUCCACGCCGCCUCUAGGGCCAUCUCCGGUGGCCCUAUAUAUGUUAGCGACGCUGUUGGAAAGCACAACUUUGAUUUGCUUAGGACCCUGGUGUUGCCCGAUGGCUCAAUUCUCCGGUGCGAGUACUAUGCACUACCAACUGGUGAUUGUCUCUUUGAGGACCCUCUCCAUGAUGGUAACACCAUGCUCAAAAUAUGGAACCUCAAUAAGUUCAGUGGAGUUCUUGGGGCAUUCAACUGCCAAGGAGGAGGAUGGAGCCGCGAAACCCGGCGCAACCAGUGUGCUUCUAAAUUCUCCCACAGGCUGACCGCCAAGCUCAACCCGAAAGACAUCCAGUGGAAGAGUGGCAAGAGCCCAAUUUCCAUUGAAGGAGUGCAAGAGUUUGCCUUGUACUAUCACCAAGCCAAGAAGCUUGUCCUGUCCAAGCCCAACGAGGAUGUUGAACUGUCACUGGACCCCUUCAACUUUGAGCUCAUUUUUGUCUCUCCGGUGACUGUUUUGGAUGCAAAAAAGUCUGUCCAAUUCGCCCCCAUUGGCUUAGUGAACAUGCUCAACACCGGCGGUGCCAUCCAGUCCUUUGUUUUCAAUGAGGACGAGAGCUCUGUUCAAGUUGGAGUUAAGGGCACUGGAGAGCUCAGGGUCUUUGCUUCUGAGAAACCAACAAGUUGCAGGAUUGAGGGCAACGACGUUGCUUUUGAGUACGAGCAGAGCAUGGUCAUAAUCCAAGUGCCAUGGCCUGCUUCUUCCACCUUAUCUAUUGUGGAGUACAAAUUCUAAAUCUAGAUUCUAGACAAGUUGUUUUUUCUUUUCUUUUCUCAUACCAAGUCUCUUUUGUGUCUGCAACUUUGAUUAGGACAAAGGGACUUGGUAUAUUUAAGCACUGUUGCCUAAUUAAUGACUACCUAAUGAUUUCAAGUAAUACAAACUAUUGAGCUUUUCAUUAUAUAUAAGCUUAUAAGAUUCUCUCUGUUUGUAAUAUUUUUUUUUGGGUUGUAAUUUUCAUGUUCUUAGUUUUCCUCCCAAUUGUAUUUGAGUUGCCCAUUUUGUAGA